GGCGCCGUGGAGCGAGCGCGAGAGGGCUCAGUCGGCUUUCAACAGUCGAAGGGUGAGGUCGUCUGUUUUGCUUCUCUCUCUCUCCCCGCAGGGACUGAAUAACCCGCCCAGCUUUUGUGAAAGGAGAGAGAAAAGGAGGAGGAUGCCGCCGCAUCGGCGGAGGAGGGAGGGAAGGCGCUGCCCUUUCUGAACGCAAAGCCGAAGAGAGGCUCCAUGAGCGGCGCUCGGUAGCGGCAUGUCGUCGCGGUCGCCGUGGCUGAGCUGCCGGUGGGCGCUGCGGCUGGGCUGCGGGUGGCCUCCGCGGCGGCGGCCACUCAACAGCGGCUGCUGCCUCCUCUUCCUCCGCCGCCGCCUGAGCAGCGCCUUCCAACGGAGCGGAGGAGCCCCCGAUGAGAGGCUGCUGCUGCUGCGGCGGCGGCUCUUCCCUCCGCCGCUGUUUCCCAGGGCGCUGGGCACCCACCCGAAGAAGGAACCCAUGGAGGCCCUGAACACGGCGCAGGGAGCCCGGGACUUCAUCUACAGCCUCCACUCCACCGAACGCAGCUGCCUCCUCCGGGAGCUACACCGCUUCGAGUCCAUCGCCAUAGCCCAAGCAUCCAGAUUUCCUAAACCACGGGUACCAUUUGAGAUGUCAGUGAAGCAGAUAGUGCCACCAGAGCCAGCCAAGAAGCUGGAGGUUGCACCACCAUCUACUGGGCAGCUAAAGCAUGUGUUCUUCCACAAUGCAGUACCUUUCGUAGGAUUUGGAUUUUUUGAUAAUGCAAUUAUGAUUGCUGCGGGCACACAAAUAGAACUAUCGAUAGGAAUUGUGCUUGGAAUUUCAACUAUGGCAGCUGCUGCCCUGGGCAACCUUGUCUCGGACUUAGCUGGAUUGGGUCUUGCAGGUUAUAUUGAAGCUAUGGCCUCUAGAUUGGGCCUCUCCAUUCCCGAUUUAACACCCAAACAAGCUGAUAUGUGGCAAACACGUCUAAGUGCACACUUGGGUAAGGCUAUUGGAGUGACCAUUGGCUGCCUUUUAGGAAUGUUUCCAUUGUUCUUCUUUGGAGAUGAAGAAGAAAAAAAACUGGAAGGAAAAAAAUAAACUUUUUACAACGCUCUCUAUAUAAACUAAUGUACCUCAGUUAUACAACUAUGCUGUCAAAAUAUUUAGGAUUUAGCAGACAGUAACAAUGUAUAGAACGGGGAACAAAACAGCAUGCCCUUUUAUGGAAACACUAACUUAUUGUGGCUUUGUCUUAGUACAUCUUUUUAUAAGGGAUCUUCAUUUUUAAAAUGUAAAUUGUUGACAUGUGUGUUUCACUUAUACUGGCAGUUGACUUUUACCAUCCGCUCCCCUCCCACUCUCUCACCUUUACUAGGAUUAUUACUUUAAUUGCCUGCCAUCAAUGUACUGUAUGGGUUUGGGGUUUGCAUAUUUAUUUAGCAUUUGAAAAUGCAUGACACAAGUUGCCCAUGCUGCUCAUCGGACCCUCCAUUCCAGACUUUUUGUGUAGCUAGGUGAAAGAUGACUUUAGGAGUGCCUUGGCUCUUUUGCUGAUUUCUUGGUCCUAAAAUCUGGUUUCAUAUUGUAUGCCCAAAACAAGACCAAUUUGAACAAAGUAUCAUCCGAAAUAAUGUCUGGCUAUUUCUGAAACAUGAAUCUAUUAUAGUGACUCUAUGAAGCCACUUACAGAUUAUUCAGACUUUGCAAUGCUGCCUCCAUCUCAAAAUUCUGUAAGAGCAUCUCCAAAUGCAUCCCUAAUGUUGAAGCAAUGGCUGAAAUCUGCUGGGAUUUAAAAACUGGCAUCUUAAAUUGUGCAUGGACACAACUGAUAUACGAUAUGAAAACAAUGACUUGUCCAACAGCUGGAAUUGGAAAGCUCUAGAAAAUAUUUCUGUGGGAACUCACAACAUUCUCUGUACUUGGCUUUCUAAUGCUGUACACUAUCACCUAAUUCUCUCUGUGUGCGUUUCAACAGUAUUUUGGAAAAUCAGACUUAGGUUUAGUUGGCAUGUUUGUACUGCCAUCUUUAUUUGAUUUACUCUCAAAAAAGAGAGAAACAAAUGUAAUGUUCAGGUAACUUCAUUGUGGAAUUUGAAACAUAUGGAAAAUUUGGAUCAAGCAGCUGGAAAAAAAUGCAGCACAUAGUACAGUGUGACAGGGAGAGAAUGGGGCUUAGAUGAGCGUGCAGGGGAGUAUAGGAUGAAAAUAAAGUAAAGCCGUGGAAAGACGUCACUGUUUCAAAAUUGUGUUGCCUUCAGAGUGAAACUGAUCUCAGUGUGCCAGUUGUGAGUCUCUCUCACUGUGGGAAUUAAGAAGUAGCAAUUUUACUGUUCUUGUCUCUUUGAAUACUAACUGGGGAGGAGUGCUGGUUUGGAUUUGUCUCAUAUACCUUUUGUUUUGAUCUGGAUGAGUGGAUCUUACAUGCAAAAUGUAACUUAUAAAAAUAAAUUGGUUUACUUUUCAUUUAUUAGAAAGAUACAGGAUUUAUUUCCAUUUUGCCUCACUGUUUCUGUCCAUACUUGGUGUCUUAAUAUCCAAAGCAGCUUGUACCUGUUGGAAUUUGGAUAGAGAAUAGUGAUCACUUGCCCUGCUAUCAAAAAUAAAUUAUAACUUGGAUCUGCAGUACUUAAGAAUGGCAUUUCUGAAUGUACAGGAAGGAAUAAUACAAUGAAGAAUUUAAUGGUUUUGGGGAAGGCAUGGGAUCUUAAGUAGUCAUUUUAUGAUACUUGGUUUUGAUAUCCAAGAUUUUUGUUAAACCCUUAGAUAGGUAUAGAUUAUGAAGAUGAGUAAGACUUCAGAAGAUAAGUAAGCAAACAUGAAAUCACAUUAAAUUGAAAUCAGUGAGACUUCUCAUGGAGCCUGCUAAGGAGUGAGCAGAUAGUUCAACAAGGCUAUUUCAGAGUACUGUAUUUGGGUUUGGAAUUUGACUUUUCUCCCUGUAGCUUGUCAUCUGGUCACGAAAGAACUGACCUAGCUUCCUCUUGUGCCUUCAACAGCAAUUUGAUCGCAGAUCUCAGUACCAUCUUCUAUGUGAAUCUGCUUGUACAUUGAGACAGUAUUCUAAGGCCUUUUUCUGGGUAGUACACUUCCCUUCAGGAAUUAAGUGAAUGAGGCAGAACAAAGAUCCUAUUUCUGAAAUCCUAUUAGGUAUUAUUUUAUUUUUUAAUUGUCAGUCAGAGACCUUUAUUUUAUUAUACCUACAUUUCUUGUCCAUCCUGGUUUUAGCUAGGUGCCAUUGUUUUAUUUGUUGCAAAUUGCAUUUAUAGUGUUAAAUUUCUUUGUUAACUACCCAAAGAUUGUGCAUAUUUGUGAAUGGGAUUAAAACACACACACACACACACACACACACACAGGCAUCAUGAUUGUAUUAAAUGUACAUCUAUCAGGCUAAAUGAAAAGUUUGUUGCCCUACCAGAAGCCUAAUAACUUCUACACAGCAGUACUUUUAAAAGUACUUUCAAACAAAUCCAUAGGGAUUUCUCCUCCACAGAAUAUAACAGAGUGGUCUAUGUUCUUAUCCCACUUUUCCAAACUAAGCGCACAACUUCAAGGUCCUAAAUAUCUUACUUGUGCCCCAGCUUCUGCUGUCCUACAAAAUAAACUUGAUUUUUAAACCAUG